GUGGUUUGAAAAGUGUCCAAAGUUGUUCUUGGAGAGGUUUUACAAGAAUGUAGCAGUCCAGAGCGACCAUGGCCCAGUUCCAACACUCCAGGGUGGAUUGUAUCCUCACUUAUUUGGGUCUGGUCUUCCUGGUGUCGGACAUUUGCUUGGACGUUGGAACCGCCGUGACUUUCUACCAGGAAGAGGACUAUGUGUGCCUGGGACUGCUGCUUGUUUUCCUCCUGGGCUCGUCCGUGCUGGUGCAGGUCUUCAGCUGGCUGUGGUACACCUACGAGCCCCUGGAGAGGGCCACUAUGGUGGAGAGUCGGAUCAGUCCCUCGCAACUCAAGAUCCUGCACGUGUUCCAGCUGGGGACUUACUUCAGACAUGCAAGUGUGAUGGAGGUGACCUCCUGCAGCUGCAUCAACAACAUCCAGGAAGCUGAAGGUCACGCGGUCUACUUAACUCACGACCUCAGCAUGCUGCGUCUCAUCGAGACUUUCUCCGAGAGCGCCCCCCAACUCACCCUCAUGCUCACCAUCAUGCUGAGGCGGGGGCAGCUGGACCCCCUCACAGUGACGAAGGCGCUGGGCUCGGCGUCCGCCAUGGCCCUGAGCGUGACCAUGUACCACCGCUGUCUGCGCUCCUUCCUGUGCGACAAACACAAGCAGCGCCCGCUCUCCUCGCUGGUCUUCUUCCUCUGGAACCUGGUCCUCAUCUCCUCGCGGCUGGCCGCCCUCGCCCUCUUCGCCUCCGCCCUCCCUUGCUUCAUCUUCGCCCACUUCCUGUGCUCCUGGCUGCUCAUGUUCUUCUGCGCCUGGCGCUGCCAGACGGACUUCAUGGACAGCCCGGGCGGGGAGUGGCUCUACCGGGCCACCGUGGGCCUCAUCUGGUACUUCGACUGGUUCAGUGUGGCGGACGGGAGGACGAGGAACAAGACUCUGCUCUACCACAGCUUCAUCCUGGUAGACAUGCUCGUCCUGUGCGGCAGCUGGUGCUGGAGGGCCCGAGCACACAUGUCCUUCCUGCACGCCGGCCUGCUUGCUGUCGCCGUCGUUGCACUUUAUAUACUCGGCCUGGUCCUCAAAGUCCUCUACUACAAGUUCUUCCACCCCAACCUCAACAAGGAGGAACUGAAAGGAGGCGACAAAGAGGUAGAGCUGGACGGCGGCGUUGUUUUAGUCAUGGAUCGUAGCGCGGCGGAGGACGUGACUGACGGCGGGAGGACGCCACAUGUGCAACUUUACAACAAAAGGAUGAGGAAGCUGGCGGGGAAUUUCUACUCCUGACGAGAUCACUUGACGCGCACGCGGAGGACGAGUCGCGCAUGUCGUGACCAUGAACAGGAACUACCUAAUACAGGGGUCGGCAACCCAAAAUGUUGAAAGAGCCAUAUUGGAGCAAAAAUACAAAAACAAAUCUGUCUGGAGCCGCAACAAAUUAGAAGCCAUAUUACAUACAGAUAGUGUGUCAUGAGAUAUAAAUUGAAUUAAGAUGACUUAAAGGAAACUAAAUGAGCUCAAAUAUAGCUACAAAUGAGGCAUAAUGAUGCAAUAUGUACAUAUAGCUAGCCUAAAUAGCAUGUUAGCAUCGAUUAGCUUGCAGUCAUGCAGUGACCAAAUAUGUCUGGUUAGCACUCCACACAAGUCAAUAACAUCAACAAAACUCACCUUUGUGCAUUCACGCACAGCGUUAAAAGUGUGGUGGACAAAAUGAGACAGAAAAAAAAGUGGCAUAAAACACGUCCUAGAACAGGGGUCGGCAACCCAAAAUGUUGAAAGAGCCAUAUUGGAGCAAAAAUACAAAAACAAAUCUGUCUGGAGCCGCAACAAAUUAGAAGCCAUAUUACAUACAGAUAGUGUGUCAUGAGAUAUAAAUUGAAUUAAGAUGACUUAAAGGAAACUAAAUGACCUCAAAUAUAGCUACAAAUGAGGCAUAAUGAUGCAAUAUGUACAUAUAGCUAGCCUAAAUAGCAUGUUAGCAUUGAUUAGCUUGCGGUCAUGCAGUGACCAAAUAUGUCUGGUUAGCACUCCACACAAGUCAAUAACAUCAACAAAACUCACCUUUGUGCAUUCACGCACAGCGUUAAAAGUGUGGUGGACAAAAUGAGACAGAAAAAAAAGUGGCAUAAAACACGUCCUAGAAAGUCGGAGAAAGUUAUACAUGGAAACAAACUAAGGUGAGUUCAAGGACCGCCAAAAUUAGUAGGACAAAACGGCGCUUGCCAAAUACUCGAAUCAGUGAAGCAUGUUUAAUAUAAACAGUGUCAUUUAUAACAAUUAGGGAGGUUUGUGUCAUGUUUGUCCUCAUACAGAAACCAUAUUAAAACAAAAAAAAAAAUGUUUUUUUUCCCCUCAUCUUUUUCCAUUUUUCAUACAUUUUUGAAAAAGCUUCAGAGAGCCACUAGGGCGGCUCUAGAGCCGCAUGCGGCUCUAGAGCCGCGGGUUGCCGACCCCUGACCUAAUACAAACCCCGUUUCCAUAUGAGUUGGGAAAUUGUGUUGGAUGUAAAUAUAAACGGAAUACAAUGAUUUGCAAAUCCUUUUCAAGCCAUAUUCAAUUGAAUGCACUACAAAGACAACAUAUUUGAUGUUCAAACUCAUAAACUUUAUUACUGGUAUGUUACGUUAACAUACCAGGCACGUUCUCACUUGGUUAUUUAUGCCUCAUAUAACGUACACUUAUUCAGCCUGUUGUUCACUAUUCUUUAUUUAUUUUAAAUUGCCUUUCAAAUGUCUAUUCUUGGUGUUGGCUUUUAUCAAAUACAUUUCCCCCAAAAAAUGCGACUUAUACUCCAGUGCGACUUAUAUAUGUUUUUUCCCCUUCUUUAUUAUGCAUUUAUACUCCGAAAAAUACGGUAGUUGCAAAUCGUGGCUUUAUUGAGUUCUUGCACACAGCCAAUCCAACAAAACCGUUCCCUCACCUCGCUCGCCCACACACUCACCUCACAUGCUGUCACAUAUUAAAGGGCCACACACACACAUACGCUACUCUCAUAACACAUGCUAACUAGGGAUGUCCGAUAAUGGCUUUUUUGCCGAUAUCAGAUAUUCCGAUAUUGUCCAACUCUUAAUUACCGAUACCGAUAUCAACCGAUACCGAUAUAUACAGUCGUGGAAUUAACACAUUAUUAUGCCUAAUUUGGACAACCAGGUAUGGUAAAGAUAAGGUCCUUUUUAAAAAAAUUAAUUAAAUAAAAUAAGAUAAAUAAAUUAAAAACAAUUUCUUGAAUAAAAAAGAAAGUAAAACAAUAUAAAAACAGUUACAUAGAAACUAGUAAUUCAUGAAAAUUAGUGAAAUUAAGUGUUAAAUAGGGAUGUCCGAUAAUGGCUUUUUGCCGAUAUUCCGAUAUAGUCCAACUCUUUAAUUACCGAUACCGAUAUCAACCGAUACCGAUAUAUGCAGUCGUGGAAUUAACACAUUAUUAUGGCUAAUUUGG